AAUAGAAAGUUUUCUCUACUGUUCUCCUAAAAUAAAAUAAAGAAAAAGUUAAAAAGUAUACUGUGUGCCUCGAGAAAAUCGAGCAAGAGGACACCAGAAGUCCGUCAUGUCGACGACGGAGGCCACCCUUCCCACCGCCGGUAACCGCCGUUCUUACCGUUGCUACAACUGCAACGAUGCCUUUCACAUAACCACAACCGUCGGCGUCAGCUCCUCCUUUCGUUGCCCUCGCUGCUUUCAUCGCCACCUCCUCCCUAAUUACACCAUUGCCAGUUUUAUACCUUUUCCUCAACACUUAACUCUUACCGAUUAUACCCUUUCCAUCUAUGAAUCAAUUACUUUUAAUUAUUCCGAUUCCGAUACUGAAUCCGAUGAGAGUAAUUCCGACGAUCUUUCGUUUGAGUUGUUUAACCCACCUCAAUUCCGUUCACCGACUCUUCAAUCAUUUCUCAACUCACUUCCGAGUGUGAAAAUCAAUGAAUCAUCGAAAAACUGUUCGAUUUGUAUGGAGGAAUUUGGAAUUGAUACAGAAGCGAGUCAAUUGCCUUGUAAGCAUUUUUUUCAUAAUGAUUGUAUUAUCCCUUGGCUUAAUCGGAGUAAUACUUGUCCACUCUGUCGGUAUAAAUUGCCACAAGAAGAUGAGGGUGAAGAUGGAGAUGAAAUUGAAGUGAUUUUGGAUGGUGAAAUUGGUGGUAUAGAAUUUCAAGAAAAUUUCACAGCAUCAACCUUGUCUGAAGUUGGUGAGGAUGAUGAUCUUAGAGAAAGGGAUCUGGAUGCAAUGCGUGAUGAAGACGGUGAUAUAAUGAUGGUUGAUGCUUGAAGUUCAAAAGAGUAAUAUAUAGACAUGUAUAUAAUUAUCUUGGUACCUAGUCGAAGAACGUGGUAACUCGUGGAAAGCUUUCAAGAGUGGUAUUCAGCUGAAUCAGAUGCAGAAGCCAAAAGGCCCAGGUUAACUGUUGGAGUCUGCUUGGUGGCAAAUGCAUCAGUGUCCGUACUAGUAAAUAUGGGGAGUUGGUUGUUGCUAUUUCCCUUGUCAGCGGGAGGGGUGUUGGGAUUUAAUUUUCACUACGUCAAGUCUGUAGCGGUCAACUUUGAAGGAUUCCGUAUGUUGUACAACUAUAGGAGAUGAGAAAACUUAACAGUUGAGAGCAUCAAUUAAAUUAAUUAUUUGUACAUACUAGUCACUUAGAGAUAGAAACCUCUUCUAUGUUCAACAUUAUUAUGUUAAGCAAUGCAGUGUGGUGAAGUAUUUCUUCAAACUUUCCAUUUAAUUUUUGUAAGGUUCUUUUUCAUAAUAUUACUUCAAUCAAGAAGUAUGCUCUUUUAUAGACAAUGUAUAUACUUCUUUAAUUUUUUUGUUAUAAACAAGAAACGAGUGAUGAUUCCCG